AUAACCGCUCAAAGAUGUAAAUUAUACAUUCUCUCACUCCCGACAAUAGAUUGCUAAAAUUAUUUUGAAUUAUAAGUGCAUUAAAAGUGAGACAACUCCUCUUAUUAUCAUAAUCAUUUUGUAAGACUAGACAUUUCGUCAUAUUACUACAUACGGUAUUGCACAUGGUUUGCAUGCGUGUGGCUUGCACCACCGUUACAGGUCGCUGUUACUAAAAAUAACAACGGACUUUCCCCAAGGCAGCCGUUUUGAUUGGUCGAGCUGACGGUGUUUCCCAUGUGACGCGGGCAGUGCACGACAGCUCACUGCGGGACAGUCGGCAAUUGUGGCUUCAUAAAUAAACAAGCUUAACCACUCGCAGACUGCACUUUUAAAGCUAGAUGAUGGAAGUAUAUCAAGAAAUGUGACGGUACAGGUAGAGCAGAGAAGCUGGUUAUGGUUUCUUAGUGUUGUGUGUUUUUCCAGGCGCUUCUGCCCGAGUGACGAGGGUCGGUAACCGCGUGUUACAACGAGAUGAGGUGACCACGUCAGCACAGCAGCUGCUAUGUAGGGGGAAAACAACUUCGUCUUGAACUGGACAAGAAAUAGUCUUUUCACGGUGUUACUGUAUUAAAACGCACUGCCAGAUUCGCAAGAUAAACAAAAAUUGGUGUAGAAGCAGAGGGGAAGAAAAGUUGGUGCAAGAUGGCGAAUCGUCGCCUGGCGAGAGAUGUACAAACCUUGCAAAGGCACGUGCACGCCGAAUUUGAUGGACAAGUUCGGAUCACUGAAGUUGAUGACAACUUGGACUACAUCAGUUUAGACGUGGAGCCUAACAGUGGUCCAUACCAAGGUGCCAGGCUGAACUUUAGGCUGUUCCUGAAGGGUUAUCCUGAAGAUGUCCCACAAGUCGUAUGUCUAAAUCGCAUCUAUCAUCCCAACAUUGAUCCUGUGAUGGAUGGUGAUGAGAAUAAUGGUUACAUUGUUUCCAAUGUUUGUGUGUCACUGCUGGAUGAGUGGACAUCAACAAUGUCCUUGGACCAUGUGAUAAUGGCUGUACUGUUUCUGUUAAAUUACCCCCAGAUGGAUGAUCCCCUCUCACCUCUCAUGGACAGUUCAGUGUCAGAAGAUGAAUUUAAUGAGAAUGUGAGGCGUUCAUUGCGAGGUGAAGAGGUUGAUGGCUACACAUUUCCUUGCCUGCUGGUAGACAAUGCAAAGGGUGAUGAUCACAUUGUUGACAAGCAAGACAACCUAAAAGUCAACACUGAUGACAUACCAGUUUAUAGGAAUGUCAGCAGUAGUAAGUUAGCUAGACUUGUUUCUACAGAGUGCAACACUGGUACACAAACUGAAUGCAUUAGCGAUUUUCCUUAUGAUGAUGGCAAGUUUGAUGAGAUAAAAUAUCCAGAUAAAGACUACAGUAAAAUUUGUGCAUUGGAACGGAUAAAAGGGAAGAUUGAACCACCAGACAAGUGGACAUCUUGCUUUAAAGAGGCACGAAGAUUUCUGGAUUUGUGAAAGGUCUGCUGAUUUUUAUUGGAAACUUCUCUUGAACAAAACAGAACACACAGAUGUGCUACCUUGACAUAGUUUGUCUUCAGUUGACGACUGGCAAAUGCUGGAACAGUAGCUGCUGCUUUGGUUAUUUUAAAGUCAGACAGAUUUCUCUUAUGUAGACCUGCUAACUUGAAGGCAAACCAGAGUGUCUUCUUUGAUCAUGGAAUCUUAGCCAUUCUCAAAUCCAUAUGUACACUUGUAAACACAGUACCCUCUCACUCUCUAAAGCUGCAGAAGCAGAUUCACUUGGUUCAGUCAAUGGUUAGUGAUACAGAUUAACAGGUGCAAUAAACAUUAAUUUAUGUGAUGCAUUUUAUUUUUGAAUCUUUAGUAUUUUUCAGCACAUAUACCUUGCUUCAGGGAAAAAUAUUGAUUUAUAUACUGAGGAGAGUAAUGUGAUAUUGCAACAUUCUGAAGUACUUAAGUUUUAAGUAAGGUGUUUGUUUUUAACAUCUGCUGGUCAGUAUGCUUUGUAUGCAAGAUAAUGCAGUAUUUAUUGAUCACCGAUCGCAUUCAUUCUCUGAAUUUUGCUGUUUUAAAAGGCAGAGUAUUUUCCCCUUGCAUCACAACAAAACUGAAGCUCCUUUGACAAGUAACAUUAUGAGACUACUUGUAUUUUUUUUUUUACAUCUGUGUUAUUGACUGCAAUUAUCAAAGAAAAUCCACACUUUUUUGUGUUUGAUAACUUUCAUUUUGCAUUAUGAAAUGGGCAGAGCAAAUACACCUGAUUUCUUUGGCAGAUCAAUAUGCUCACCUGAUCAAGCUUAUCUCAACGUUGGCAGUUUAGGGAGCUUGCCAGCCUUAAACAGUAUGUUUUGUGACAAUUGAUCUGGGUGUUUGAGAAAUUCUUCUUAAUUAUUUUCAUGCUUUUGGUUGCAGCCCUUUACUCGAGGAGUAACAAGGACUAAACUAUUUUCAUGGUUAACCUUUCCAUUUUCCCAUAACGGCCUGGUUGGGUAUGCGUGUUCCUCGUUUGUUUUUAAUUACAUGAAAACAUUUCUUUGCUCUUGAAACAUGAAAAGUGCUGUUUUGUAUGCAAAAGGUCUGAAGUUAUUCCCACAUUAAGCAUGGGACACACCUCAUCAAAACCAAAAGCUACUUGAGUACGAACAGUGAAUAUACACAUUUUUAGUAUAAAGUACAAGGCUGUGCAGGGAAAAGGAAGAUCAGCACCUAUUUUAUGCCUGCUUCCAGUUUUGAGGUUUAGCAUUAUAAUCUGUUGAUUGCUGUGAUUUUUUUCCCUUGGGUAAGGGAGUAAGUUUUGUCCUAUCUCUCCAUGCAAGAAUUGUAGAUUGAAUGAGAAAGAAAAUUGCAGUUUUAGGUUGUGGCUAAUUUCUAGUUGUCUGGAGAAAAAAAAAAACUGCAAACAGCUUCGGUGUCACAGCCUCCAAGAAUUAGGAAGACAUGAUCGUCAAACUACUGGAUAGUUACAGAACUUUCUGAAGCAAUCAUGCAUUCCUUAUAACUUGUAUCCAUUCAACAUCUUGAAAACAAAUUUAAAGAUCUUAGGGAAGAAAAAGUGACAGCUGGGUUUAUGUCCAUAAGUAGCCAUGACACUAACAAUCCUCACUUUGAGGCAUCACUUUUUUUUCCUUUUAAUUCUGAGGCUUAGAGAUUUGUUUUUUGUAUUAUACUGUCCUAACCUUAUGUAACAUUACCUUCUUUCGUCGUGAUAUGGCCUUUGUUGCUGGCACAGGGUAAAACACUAACAGACAUUUGUGUUGCAUUGUAUGCGUGAAUAAAGCUGACAGUGGUUCUAAUAAAAUCGGAUGUUAAAAUUGCAAAAAUCAUAUUUUGUUUUAAAGUAUAUUUGCUUGGUUAUGGCGUGUAUGCAUUUUGUAUAUGUCUUAAGUGUUCUGUAUCUAUUUCUUGAACUAUCCUGACAUUGAUUAAACCAGACUAGCUCAGAAAAA